AGAGGGGAUAUAUUCCAAGACUCAAAUGGCGAUGGCUGGCUAGUGGCUACACAAGAGUUAAGUUGACCCACCCAAUAGUUAGAUCUCAGUUUCCUUUGCUACCAAACUUUGGCAAUGGCGGAUCCAGCACUUCACCACCAAAUCCAACCCAUCAAAGAAAUAGCCAUAGACUACACCCCAGAGGCCUGCACCCACUGCCCUGUCUCCAACUCCAUCACACUCACAUUUGAUCAUCGUGGAGGCGCCAGGUGGCGUUCCACCACUCGCUUCCUCUACGGCACUUUCACUUCCCUCAUCCAAUGCCCUAAAGGCAACACCAGUGGUCUCAACUUCAACAUUUACCUUUCCUCACUCGAAGGCGACAAAUCGCAAGACGAGAUCGACUUCGAAUUCCUUGGCAAAGACAAAACUAUUGUCCAAACCAAUUACUACACUACAGGAACUGGGAACAGAGAGCAGAUUCAUGAUCUGGGUUUUGACUGUUCUGAUGGGUUCCAUGAAUACACCAUCAAGUGGAAUCCCGAUUCUAUAGAGUGGGUUAUUGAUGGGAAGGUGGUGAGGAAAGCAGAAAAGAAGGAAGGUGAGGCAUUUCCUGAGAAACCCAUGUUUUUGUAUGCUUCAGUUUGGGAUGCAAGCUACAUUGCUGAAGGUCAAUGGACUGGACCUUACAUUGGUUGCGAUGUUCCCUAUGUUUGUCUCUAUAAGGAUAUUCAGGUGCCUGUCUCCACUGCUGUCGAGUGUUCUUGUGAUUCGUGAUCUGCCUUCUUAUUUUCUGCGACUUGUGUUUAUCUGAGUGGCUUCGUGUUUGUUGGAACUUUUCAUUGUCGUACUGAUCCUUCAAAUUCUGAUUUAAUAGGAUCUUUCUUUGGGUUUUGCCUCAUUAUCUUUUACUUUUUUAUCUAUUUGUUGUGAGCUGUAAUUCGUACUCAGGUUGGUGAUGAUAUUCUCAGUUAUGCCCUACGAAAUUCAUUUUCAA